GCCCCCGCCCCGCCCCCGGCUGCGCGGAGCCCGCCCUCCCUCAGCCCGAGCGGCUCGCCUGAGGCUGCUGAGGCGGCGCCCGGUGUCGAGGUCGCGGUCCCUGCUCCAACCGCGGCUCGCGGGCCCGUGCCGGCCCCGGUCCCCGGCGCGGCCGUCCGAGACCCUGCGACGGCGGGCGAUGGUGCCGCGGAGCGCGCGGACGCGGGCGGCGCGGCGGCGGGCAUGAAGGAGGAUGGAAGGGCAGGACGAGGUGUCGGCGCGGGAGCAGCACUUCCACAGCCAAGUGCGGGAGUCCACGAUAUGUUUCCUUCUUUUUGCCAUUCUCUACGUUGUUUCCUACUUCAUCAUCACAAGAUACAAGAGAAAAUCAGAUGAACAAGAAGAUGAAGAUGCCAUUGUCAACAGGAUUUCGUUGUUUCUGAGCACGUUCACUCUUGCAGUGUCAGCUGGGGCUGUUUUGCUUUUACCCUUCUCAAUUAUCAGCAAUGAAAUCCUGCUUUCGUUUCCUCAGAGCUACUAUAUUCAGUGGCUAAAUGGCUCCCUGAUUCAUGGUUUGUGGAAUCUUGCUUCCCUUUUUUCCAACCUUUGUUUAUUUGUAUUGAUGCCCUUUGCCUUUUUCUUUCUGGAAUCAGAAGGCUUUGCUGGCCUGAAAAAAGGAAUCCGAGCCCGCAUUUUAGAGACUCUGGUCAUGCUGCUGCUUCUUGCAUUACUCAUUCUUGGGAUAGUGUGGGUAGCUUCAGCUCUCAUUGACAAUGACGCAGCAAGCAUGGAAUCUUUAUAUGAUCUCUGGGAGUUCUAUCUACCCUAUUUAUAUUCCUGUAUCUCAUUGAUGGGAUGUUUGUUACUUCUCUUGUGUACACCAGUUGGCCUUUCCCGUAUGUUCACAGUGAUGGGUCAGUUGCUAGUGAAGCCAACAAUUCUUGAAGACCUGGAUGAACAAAUUUAUAUUAUUACCUUAGAGGAAGAAGCACUCCAGAGACGACUAAAUGUGGGAAUGCUCUGCGCAGGACAUCCAGAAGUUGCAGUAGGCAGACAAAUGCCAGAAGAACCAGCUGGACAGCGACUUUUGGGAAAGUGGAUUCAGGAGGGAGAAGACAUGAUGGCAAACCCGUGGCUGUCUUCAUCAGUGGAAUACAACAUAAUGGAGUUGGAACAAGAACUUGAAAAUGUGAGGACUCUUAAGUCAAAAUUAGAGAGGCGGAAAAAGGCUUCAGCGUGGGAACGAAAUUUGGUGUAUCCUGCUGUUAUGAUUCUCCUUCUUAUUCAGACAUCCAUCUCGGUCCUCUUGGUGGCUUGUAAUAUUCUUUGCCUAUUGGUUGAUGAAACAGCAAUGCCAAAAGGAACAAGGGGGCCUGGAAUAGGAAAUGCGUCUCUUUCUACGUUUGGUUUUGUGGGAGCUGCGCUUGAAAUCAUUUUGAUUUUCUAUCUUAUGGUGUCCUCGGUUGUCGGUUUCUAUAGCCUUCGAUUUUUUGGAAACUUUACUCCCAAGAAAGAUGACACAACUAUGACAAAGAUCAUUGGAAAUUGUGUGUCUCUCUUGGUCUUGAGCUCCGCUCUGCCUGUGAUGUCAAGAACACUGGGAAUCACUAGAUUUGACCUACUUGGAGACUUUGGAAGGUUUAAUUGGCUGGGAAAUUUCUAUAUUGUAUUAUCCUACAAUUUGCUUUUUGCUAUUGUGACAACAUUGUGUCUGGUCCGAAAAUUCACCUCUGCAGUUCGAGAAGAACUUUUCAAGGCCCUAGGGCUUCAUAAACUUCACUUAUCAAAUACUUCAAGGGAUUCAGAAACAGCCAAGCCUUCUGUAAAUGGGCAUCAGAAAGCACUGUGAGAUGCACAGCCGGCGUCCUCUGCAGCAAGAGACUCGAGACCUCCAGACUCAUGACAUUCCUGUCCUGCGUAGAAGCAUUUCCACUUCGACCUUCGACCUUGGCUCCUCCUCAGAACCUAGACCUAUCAGUGCCAUUUUUUUUCAUAAUCUAUGAAGAACUUGGCCAUGGCUGAUUUUUUAAAAUUUCACUUUCUGAAAGACCCUGUAGUUUCCAGUUAAACACAGAUUCCUUAGAGACAUGCAGAACAGCACAUUCUUCUGCAGGCUCGCUCAUAUUGGUAAAUGCAGCCAUCCCCAUGAAAAUACCGUUUUCACCUGAUAUGACAGUGUUAGAAAAGGCACUCUGGGACUUUCUAAAGGUUUCCUUCAAUCCCAUUGCAGACUUUAUUCAGAAUGUAGAUGCCUACCUGAAAGGCAUCCUUGGUACUAAGUGAAAGUUCUUCAGAAAAUGCGUCUUUCAAAUGUGACAGGAACUGCUUGUAGAUGUCGUUAUUGCAGUGUGUGUUGGACUGGCAAUGGUGGCAGUUAGGUUUUUUAUUUCCUUAAAAGCAAAAGCCACAGUUUCUGAUUUCUGUUACAGAACGAUAUUGAUUCGACUUUGAGUCGAGGGGAAAAUACUGAAUUCUCUGAAACCUGGAGCCUUAGGGAGUCACAGGAAUGUCUUCUGUUGUGCAGUCUAAUAAGCUACGGUAGGGAGUAUCAUGUGAUCACAGUGGAGUGACAGUUUAUGUAUAUAGUUCACGAUUACCUCUGAUAACAUAGUUGCCAGUGUUUAAUACACUUGUAACUUGGAUGUUUGCCUUAUAGGCUAUAUGUAUACUCAGUUUUUUAAAGCAUUUUUUCAAAGAUCACUUGAUUCCCAUGCUUCUGUAUUGCUUAUAGAAACUACAAACGCCUUCUCUCCUCAUAGUCCUCAGGCUUGGUGACUUUUGCAUAUGCCUUUUGAGCCUCCGAGUUUUUCCAGUCAACAUCCGAAGUUCACAGCGUCAGCAUUCACGGUAGAAGAAUAGUUUUGCAGUGUAACAUGAUCAAUCAGUUAUUCAAUUGUAAAUAACUAUCGGGAUGGUUUCUUGGCUUAUGUCUACUGAAUAAAAACCAUGAACUUACACUCGGUGUUAACCAUCCACUAGGACAGAAUACUGAAAACUGCAUGCAAAACAGAAGAUGGGCCCAUUUGCACACAAUUCAUAGUUAUGCAGUCUGUAGAAAUACACUCACAUGCACUGUGUGUAUGAAAUACAUUGUCUGCGUUCAGACAAAAGGAAAACUUUUUUCUCAAAUUGUUAAAUGUAAACGUUUUCUGGGAGAAAUUUUUGAAAAGCAAGCUGUGUCUAUUUGACAUCAGAAAUUUCCACUUAAACCCAAGCUUUAAUCUAUAUAUUUAUAAACCUCACUGAGUACAUACACUUCCCCUCAUUUAUCCCUCAGCAUUUCCUUCCGCGCUUCACAUCUAUCUAAAAUGCAGCUUGGUUUUAAAGUAAAAGAACAUUCAUUUUGUGAUUCUAAACAAUCUCAGUGAAUACUGCCAGUAUAGUACUGGUGGAUUUCUCAGCAUAAGAUCAGCAUACCUAGAAAGUUAAUAAAAUUCAGCUCUUUUCCAAUUUCAUUGAUAAUUAUGCCUAUUGGAGCAUUCAUUGUAGGGUCUAAUUUUUAGUGAAACUUGGAAUCCAUACUUUGUGCAGACCAAGUCAAGAGAAGAACAGAAAGAAACUCAGGAGUAGAGUAGCACCACUUUUAACUACCCACUGUCAGGGCACAUCCAAAGACUUCCUAGAUACUUGUAAAAUGUCUGAACAUUUUUAAGUGAAAUAUUAAACUUUUCAAUGUCUAUCGCAACUAUUUGUUCAUUUGGAAGUUUCUUUCCAUCCGAGAACCUAAGCCAGUUUGGGGUUUGUAAACCUAGUACAAUGAAUUACCAAGUUUUACACUUACUGGAUGCAUCCUCACUGCUGUGGAAGCAAAGGAUGCACAUGACGGGUGGAAGGGCAGUUUUGAACCUGGGGACUCAGAUGCCUUUUAGAACACAUACAGACUGUUACAGACAUGGACUCCUCCAUAAUCACAGCUGCUUGAGGCGCUUCCUAGUCAUGUGCACAGGCAUCUGCCUCUUGAGAGAUUCACUCCAAAUGCAGGUGCUUCCAUUGGACGUAGGUUGGAGGCUGCUCUAUAUGACAAACUCCAGAAAUGGAUGGCAGGAUACGGAGGGCAAACACUCUGCGUCCUGGAAGGACAGUUGCCCUGGGGUCUUCAUUCUCCCACAGUUCCUGUGCACCAGUGAAAGGAAGUAGAUAGACCCUAGAAGGCCAGAGCUCCAAAUGCUCAGAAUCAGAUUAACUCUGGAACUACAGUUUUGUUUCUACCUGGACAGGGAUGCACCCGUGGCUGCAUUAAAUCAAGCAGUCCUUUUAUUCUCUUUCCUUUAGUCUCGUAAAGGGCAUUAGGCACUGUGGUCCCAGAGUUUCUUGGGGAAACUUUGCAGAUUAUUAUUGAUUGGUUCUGCAAUACUUAAAUAAAUUAUUUUACAAUGAUAAGUUUUCUGAUUAUAAUAUUUGUAAUAAUUUUUACUGAUUUUCCAAGAUACUUCUUAGAUUUACUAUUUACGUAGCUUUGUGUACACUCUCUGUAAAAACAGACCUCUAAGACACUUCACGUGAAAACUGUACACACUCAUCAUACACUAAUGUUAGUGGCUGAAAUUGCUGCACUCAGGUGCUGCUGAGUGGAGACGGAUGGAGCCUCUUGCGUUUUGCUCUCAGGCGCAUUAAAGUCACACGUGUGCCUGCUCUGGGCGGCAGCCCGGCCUCCCCGCACUCUGCUGGGUGCCUGUGGCCCUCUCUGCGGCUUCAGUGACAACCUCAUCUGCCAGGGACACAGGUUUUCAUCAUUUAUAGGCCCUUACAUGCUUGUUUUGUUGGUAGUACGUUGUUUAAUGCAUAAAGGUAGAGUUCUUACAAGUUUGUUUAAAAAAUGUGAACCUAGAUACAGCACUGACUUUUUAAACUUGCAAGUAAAACUGGUAUAAUGUUCAUUUUUUAAAAUAACAUUUGGACAUACUAGUUAUUUUUGUUUGCGGAUUGUUUUGUUUAGAAAUUGUUAGUCUUUGCUUCUAUGAGAUACUUUCAGUGUGACUUUUAAAAUGUCUUAGAAAUUAAAGUUUUACAAAAAGUGA